AAACCAAUUUGUAUCAUAAUGUUAAGCAACAACCCCAUCAUUUUCAAACACUUACAUAGUUGGCCCCUUCGCUAGUUGUCCUUAUAAUUGCUUAGGACUCAAGCUAAGCCAAUCCCAGAAUAGCAUUCUCCACAAAAAUGGUUGCUGUGUUCAACAAGGAGCUCCUGAGCUGGUACCUGAUCACAGUCAAGCUCCGAGAAACAGUUGAAUCCGGAAUAGCAAAUCCAAACCAAUCACCAGAUCAGAAUCUGCAGAAACAAGAGCAGCAACAGUCUGAGUCACUCCAAGUUGUGAUCCAAAAUGGUGCUGAUGGGAAAUUUGAAGAAGGGCCGAAAUCGCCAGAGUCCGAGUGGGUUCUCAACAUCAAAGAUAAACUAGAGCAAGCUUCGCAAGACGAUGCAGCAAAUGUGUGGUCAAAGCUUUGUAUCUACAGAAUCCCGCAUUACCUUAGAGAAGGUGAUGACAAAGCUUAUGUUCCUCAGAUUGUGUCAUUGGGGCCUUACCACCAUGGAAGGAGACGCCUUCGCCAAAUGGACCGCCACAAGUGGCGUUCGCUACAUCAAAUGCUCAAGAGGACUAAUCAGGACAUAAAGCUUUACCUUGAUUCUAUGAAAGAAGUUGAAGAAAAGGCUCGGUCUUGCUAUGAAGGGCCGGUUGCAAUGAGCCUUAGUAGCAAUGAGUUUGUUGAAAUGAUGGUGCUUGACGGUUGCUUUGUGCUUGAGCUAUUCAGGGGCGCAGCUGAGGGGUUUAAGCAACUUGGUUAUCCUCGAAAUGACCCCAUUUUUGCAAUGCGUGGCUCGAUGCAUUCGAUUCAGAGAGAUAUGAUCAUGCUGGAGAAUCAGCUUCCACUUUUCGUUCUUGACCGGCUAUUGGGUCUGCAGUUGGGGGACCCUGAACUUAAAGGACUAGUAUCCAAGCUAGCAUUGAGGUUUUUCGAUCCAUUGAUGCCAACAGAUGAGCCAUUAACAAAGAGUGAUAGGAACAAGUUGGAAUCAUCACUUGGAUAUGCAACAACCUUUGAUCCAUUGUCUGAUCAAGGUGCCCUCCAUUGUCUUGAUGUUUUCCGGCGUAGUUUAUUGCGAUCGGGACCUAAACCUGUACCAAGAGUUUGGAUCAAGAGAUGGUCAAAUGCUAAUCGGGUUGCAGAUAAAAGGAGGCAGCAGUUGAUUCAUUGUGUUACAGAGCUUCGGGAGGCCGGGGUCAAGUUCAAGAAGAGGAAGACUGAUCGGUUCUGGGAUGUGAAAUUCGAAGAUGGGAUUCUGAGUAUACCAAGGCUCUUGGUUCACGAUGGUACUAAAUCUCUAUUCCUGAAUCUUAUUGCAUUUGAGCAGUGUCAUCUUGAUUGCAGCAAUGACAUUACCUCCUACGUCAUUUUCAUGGACAACUUGAUCAACUCUCCUGCUGAUGUCGGGUAUCUACAUUAUUGUGGCAUAAUUGAGCACUGGCUUGGCAAUGAUGCUGAGGUUGCUGAUCUGUUUAAUCGUCUCUGCCAAGAGGUCGUAUUCGACAUCAAUGACAGUUAUCUUUCUCGGCUUUCUGCUGAUGUAAACCGCUACUACGACCACCGCUGGAAUGCUUGGCGUGCAAGUUUAAAGCAUAACUACUUCAGCAACCCUUGGGCCAUCCUCUCCUUCCUUGCUGCUGUUGUGUUGCUGCUUCUGACUUUCACUCAAACCUUCUAUGGAGUCUACAGCUACUAUAGGCCACCGAAUUAAGUCUAGCAAGGAUGUUUUUCCAUCA